CUGCCUCCUUCCUGCCUGACUUGGAUUAGUUUGCUGAAUACUUACUGGACUGCUCUACAUGUUAAAUUUCUUGUCAGGCCGGACCUCGAGCUCACGCUGAGGAGAGGCUGCUCCAGAAUCUGUUCGCACAUUACAAUAAGCUCUCCAGGCCUGUGGAAAACACCACGGACACGGUGCUUGUCCACUUUGGACUGUCUAUCGCUCAGCUCAUUGAUGUGGAUGAAAAGAACCAGAUGAUGACCACGAACGUCUGGGUCAAGCAAGAGUGGAACGACUACAAACUCAGGUGGAACCCAGAGGAAUAUGAAAAUGUCACCUCUAUCCGUAUUCCCUCUGAGAUCAUUUGGAGGCCUGACAUUGUACUCUACAACAAUGCUGAUGGCGACUUUGCAGUCACUCACCUUACAAAGGCGCAUCUCUUCUACGAUGGUCGGAUAAAGUGGAUGCCACCAGCCAUUUACAAGUCCUCAUGCAGCAUAGACGUCACCUUUUUCCCCUUUGACCAGCAAAGCUGCAAGAUGAAGUUUGGCUCAUGGACUUAUGACCGCGCCAAGAUCGAUCUGAUCACGAUGGCCAGCAACGUGGACCAGAUGGACUACUGGGAGAGCGGGGAGUGGGUCAUUGUCAAUGCAGUGGGGAAGUACAAUACAAAAAAGUACGAGUGCUGCACGGAGAUCUAUUCAGACAUCACGUACUACUUCAUCAUCCGGAGGCUCCCGUUGUUCUACACCAUCAACCUCAUAAUCCCCUGUCUCCUGAUCUCCUGCCUGACAGUGCUGGUGUUUUAUUUACCGUCACAAUGUGGGGAGAAGAUCACCUUGUGUAUCUCUGUCUUACUUUCCUUAACCGUGUUCCUCCUGCUGAUCACAGAGAUUAUACCGUCCACGUCAUUGGUGAUUCCUCUGAUUGGUGAAUACCUGCUGUUCACCAUGGUCUUUGUCACACUCUCCAUCAUAAUCACCGUCUUUGUGUUGAACGUCCAUCACAGAUCUCCACAAACCCACGGCAUGCCUCACUGGGUGAGGAGAGUGUUCUUGGACAUGGUACCUCGAGUUUUAUUCAUGAAGCGUCCGCCAGGCACGGCCAAGCAGCACUGCAAGAAGCUUAUCGAGAUGAUGCAUCGACCCCCCACCAUAUCAGCAACGGGUAACUCACAGGCCUUUUGGUCAGGGUUAGAGACGGGGUUGAGACAGAUAAGCCAGGUGGAGACUACGCUCCCUAAGAGUCCAUCUGAUAGUCCGAGCAUUCUUGUCUGCUCGCCUUCUCCGGCGUCAUCCCCAGCUGAGGACUGCAACGAGGAUAAUCAUUCAAUGAAGGCCAACAUUUUCUGUCAGACCACAUCCGGUCAGUACUCAGUUCUCUCAGAGAAACUUUCCCUCCGUGGGACUUCCGCGGCCUCCUCUUCUUCCCAACUAUCCUUACCCCCGACUUUACCUAUGGGUCCAAUUCGCAGCAUUUCCAGGGACGAACCCAACUCACUCGCCCCGAAUGGCCGCUCUCACAGCGUAGAGCAAAUGUGUGACCACCAGAAGAAUGAUCUCCCACAAAGACCAGGACAUCGAUGCCGUUCCCGUAGCUUUCAGUACUGUUGUCUACACGAUGAAGGGUCUGGGGUCCUCAGGGUUAUGGGACAGGUAAAGAAACAAGCCCCUUCAGAUCACCUAACAGAAACUCUCACAGCAGAGACCACUAAAGACGCAAGUACCCAACAGGACACUGUGGUCACAACAACUAUAUCUCCAGCUAUGCAACGGGCCAUAGAGGGAGUUCAGUACAUCGCCGAUCAUCUCAGGGCAGAGGACGCAGAUUUUUCAGUAAAGGAGGACUGGAAGUAUGUGGCCAUGGUCAUUGACAGGAUAUUCCUCUGGAUGUUUGUACUGGUGUGCAUACUGGGAUCAGUGGGACUCUUUCUUCCUCCCUGGCUGGCUGGAAUGAUCUAG